UAGCCCCCCCUCCCCCCAUUUCUCUUCCCUCCCUGUUCCUUCUCUCGUUUUCUCCCUCAUUUAUACCCUCUUCCUUCUUCUUCUUCUAUCUCCCCCCUUCAUCAAACCUCAUACUUCUUUGCUUGUCACUCUCUCUUCUUCACCAUGACCAUAACAUAACCGAAAACCAAAUUGUGUCCUGGAACCAAACACGGCCUUAAACUGGAAUGGCUUCAGCAAACUCUCUACCGCCAACAGACCCGUCUUCUUCCACGGAAGACCCAGCUGCAAAAGCCGUGAACAAGCGAUACGAGGGGCUCAUCACGGUUCGAACCAAGGCUACCAAGGGCAAAGGAGCCUGGUACUGGGCCCAUCUGGAACCAAUUCUCGUUCGAAACCCGGACACCAACCUCCCCAAAGCCGUUAAACUUAAGUGCUCCUUGUGCGACGCCGUCUUCUCCGCCUCCAACCCUUCCAGAACGGCCUCCGAGCACUUAAAACGCGGCACUUGCCCCAAUUUCAGCUCCGUUUUGAGACCCAAUUCCUCGCUCUCUCCUUUACCUAUAUCUUCAUUGGCUUCCCCUUCUGCUUCUUAUCAUCAUCAUAAUCAUCGAAAGCGAAGUCCCUCAGUAGCUAUCGUCUCUCCUUUACAAAACCAAGUAAGUAAUAACAGUAACGAUGAUAAUAAUAACGCGUUGGCUAUAGUUGAGUCGACUCGUUUGCUGGGUUUCUCGAGUCAUAAUAAUAACAAUAAUGCUGGGUUGACUCAGCAGCAUUUGGUUUUAUCUGGUGGGAAAGAAGAUUUAGAUGCAUUAGCAAUGUUGGAAGAUAGUGUUAAGAGGCUUAAGAGUCCUAAAACUUCUCCUGGUCCAGCUUUAAGCAAGGACCAGAUUGAUUCUGCAUUCGAUUUAUUAGCUGAUUGGUUCUAUGAGUCUUGUGGGUCAGUCUCCUUUUCGAGCCUCGAGCACCCAAAGUUUCGGGCUUUCCUUAGCCAGGUUGGGAUGCCUGCUGUGUCAAGGAGGGACCUCUCGGGUGCACGGCUUGAUAAUAAGUUUCAUGAGGCCAAGAGGGAAUCCGAGGCUAGAAUCAGGGAUGCAAUGUUCUUUCAGGUUGCCUCUGAUGGGUGGAAGAGAAAAAAUUGUUGCUGUUGUAGUAGUAGUUAUACUAGUAGUAGUACUAGCUCAUGCUGUGUGGAGGAGAAUUUGGUUAAAUUUAGUGUUAAUCUUCCGAAUGGGAGCAGCGUGUACCAGAAGGCAGUCUUUACUGGCGGAUCAGUGACUUCCAAGUAUGCGGAGGAGGUUUUGUGGGAGGCAGUAAUGGGGAUUUCUGGAAGUGGUGUGCAGAAGUGUGUAGGAAUAGUUGCAGAUAAGUAUAAGGCGAAGGCAUUGAGGAAUUUGGAGAUCCAGAAUCAUUGGAUGGUUAAUCUAUCUUGUCAACUUCAAGGUUUUGUUAGUUUGAUAAAGGAUUUUAGCAAAGAGCUACUCCUUUUCAGGACUGUCACUGAGAAUUCCUUAAAGCUUGCAAAUUUUGUAAAUAACAAGUCGCAAGUUAGAGCAAGCUUUCAAAAGUAUAGGAUGCAGGAGCUUGAGUGUGCCGGGUUGAUACGGGUUCCUUCCAACAAAUGCGAUUGCAGCAGUAAUAUUGCACAUGUUUUUGCAAUGUUGGAGGACAUACUGAACUGUUCCCGAGUACUUCAGAUGGUUGUGUUGGACGAUUUUUACAAGGUGAUCUGUGUUGAGGAUCCAGUUGCACAGGAAGUUGCUGGGAUUGUCCAAAAUGAGGGGUUUUGGAAUGAUUUGGAGGCAGUUUAUUCACUGGUGAAGUUGAUCAGAGGUAUGGCUCAAGAGAUUGAGGUGGAGAGGCCACUUAUUGGGCAAUGCCUUCCGCUCUGGGAGGAGUUGAGGUUAAAAGUGAAGGAAUGGUGUACCAAGUUCAACCUUGCUGAAGCACCUGUUGAGAAAAUUGUUGAAAAGAGAUUUAGAAAGAACUACCACCCUGCAUGGUCAGCUGCUUUUAUACUUGAUCCGCUUUACUUGACACGGGAAACUAGUGGAAAAUACCUUCCACCAUUCAAGUGCCUGACUCAUGAGCAGGAGAAGGAUGUUGAUAAGCUCAUAACUCGUUUGGUUACCAGGGAAGAAGGUCAUGUUGCACUGAUGGAGCUCAUGAAAUGGAGAUCAGAAGGGUUAGACCCACUGUAUGCCCAAGCUGUUCAGGUUAAACAGCGAGACCCUGUGACUGGCAAAAUGAAAAUUGCUAACCCCCAAAGCAGUAGGCUAGUAUGGGAAACUUGUCUUAGUGAAUACAAGUCAUUAGGAAAGGUUGCAGUGAGGCUUAUAUUCCUACAUGCAACUUCUUGUGGGUUUAAAUGUAACUGGUCUUUGAUGAAGUGGAUUUGUGUCCACAGACACUCACGAAUAGGCCUUGAGAGGGCUCAGAAGAUGAUAUUUAUUGCAGCUCAUUCAAAGCUUGGCAGGAGGGAUUUCUCCAAUGAGGAAGAAAAGGAUGCAGAGCUGUUUAUGAUCAGUAGUGAGGAUGAUAUGCUCAAUGAAGUCUUUGCAGAUGCACCAUAAGUAGUUGGGUUUGCUUGGACCAGUUGAGCUUGUGGUGAACCAGAUUUUGAUAUCCACCCAAAUGGGUCAACCUCGGAUGAACUUCAGAACAUAUCUUUGUUGCUGAAGGGCACUUCUUGCUGAUAUGAUCGACUGUAUUGCCUGGGUUGUCUGGUUUUGCUAAUGUGGAUCCCCACCAUGAGGAGUGGAUGUCCAUCUCAGUGCUUUGGUUGUCGUUGUCAAUGAAAAGAAAGGACUAAGGGGCCUCCCUCCCCCCCUUGCCCCUAUUCUCGGUUUUUUUAUUAGUUUUUUAUUGGUCUUGGCAGGCUUACUCCCAUCAUCUUCGGUAGCUUGUCUUUUAAACAUUCCAAUUAUGGUGACAUUCUUACUCUCAGGCUGGGCCCUUUUUUUUUCCGAAACUUUUAUUGUCAAUAUUGAAAACUGAAGUUUUGCGGGGUUAUCGGUUAGGAUAGCUGCUACAAAGUUUUGAGCAAAGUGGAAGCAAAGAGGUCUGUCGGCUUCGGGAGGCACAUAAGAUGGCUGAUAGGGAUAUUGCAACAAACUUGACCUGAUUUUGCAAGUUCUACAUUUCUGUGAGCAUAGUUGACUAACUCAGCAGGAACUUGGAACUGGAAUUAAGGGCCUGCAGUUUCUGGCAGGUGGAGCGUUCGAAUGCACUGCAGAUACCACAUGUGGGUAUAUGCUAUGAUUAUUGUAACAGUACCCGUAAUCGGUGAAAAGGUAAGUUUAGAAUGAAGGCUAAAAAUAGCAUAUGAGGUUUUUGAUUGGUCAUGAUAUUAAUUUUUUCCCAAUACUAGCAAAAUUGCCCACUAUCUUUAAUUUCUUAUCGAUCACUCUUCAUGUCACACCGCUGAGCAAUCUCAUAAAAAUUUUUCUAGAAGCCAUUGCCACAGCAAUUCCUCUAUUGGCUGGAAGCCCUAUCUAAUAAUUUGAACUUUGCACCGUAGCACUGGCAUUUGCUCUUUCUCUGUCUUCAGGCUUGGCUUAGGUUUGUCUACCGACCUUCAUGUGUAGUUGGUAUGUUAUCACAAAACGUUGAAAUUACUUGAGUUUUCACCUUUAGAGUCAACUAAAGUCAGCGCACAGGAGCAGAGUGAAUGUAGAUUUUCCACCAUUUCAUUUGUCGUUGCUAUUUGAAUUUGGAGGAGGGACAGACAGGGGCCUGUCGGCAAGGCCAAGUAACGCUGACCGCUCACCAACUAGAAAGGAGGCUUUUUUAACCCGUAUGGUAUGCCUUAUUGUUCAUUCCACUAAUUUUCUUUGGUAAAGGGGAAGGAGGUAUAAUCAUUAGUAUAGGACAGGACCAUCUUUCUACAAGAAUCUUGACACUUUCAAUGCUACCCCAUGAUUAACCUUCCUUUUUAUCAUCUUUUCUUUUUUGUUUUCCCCUUUUCCACUUAUACAGCUCUUGAUUGUUUUUGAAUUUGAAGCAGAUCCAUGUAAAGACAUGUGAGAUGAUGUUGAUUUGGAUUGCCAUUGGUAUAAUAUUCAUUGCUUUGUGGCC